AUGCCAAAUAUCGAUGGGACAACAGCAUAUGGCGAGGCUACUGUCAAUGGCCUCCUCGCGAAAGAAGAAAAGCCAACUGUUCCGGCGCAAACGAACAAAGAUGAUAUACAAUUAGUAUUGCAGAGUUUCAGACUGCUUAUUGCAGAUCUCUGCCAGCAGUUCGGCAUGGGGCAUCCCGGCUCUGCCAUUGGAAUGGCAGCGAUAGGUGUAGCGCUAUGGAAAUAUGUGAUGAGAUAUGCGCCUCAUCAGCCUGACUGGUUCAACCGCGAUCGCUUCCUUCUGUCGAAUGGACAUGCAUGCUUGUUCCAAUAUGCAAACCUUUACUUGUCAGGUUAUAAAGCGAUGACGUGGGAGCAACUACUGUCAUAUCAUUCCGAGCGCCCCGAUAGUCUCUGCCCUGGGCACCCUGAGAUUGAGCAUGAAGGUAUCGAGCUCACCACAGGGCCGCUUGGUCAGGGCAUAGCGAAUGCAGUGGGGCUAGCAAUCGCCAGCAAGCACCUUUCUGCUACGUUCAAUCGGCCUGGGUACGAGGUGGUAAAUAAUCACACGUGGUGUAUGGUUGGAGAUGCUUGUAUGCAGGAAGGUGUUGGCUGCGAGGCAUUCAGCUAUGCUGGCCAUUUGAAGCUUGGAAAUCUGACUGUUAUUUACGACAAUAACCAAAUUAGUUGCGAUGGAAGCGUGGACCUUACCAACACCGAAGAUGUCAAUAAGAAAAUGGAGGCCUGCGGCUGGGAGAUCAUCAAUAUACAUGAUGGAGUUAAUGAUGUCGAAGCAAUAGUUGCUGCUUUAGAACAGGGGAGAGCUCCAGAGCGAGAUAGACCCCUCUUCAUCAACAUCAGAACCAUUAUUGGUGUUGGGAGCGCAGUCGCCGGUCAGGCAGUGGCACACGGUGUUCCCCUUGGUGAGGAUAAUGUAAAGGCAAUGAAGAAGGCUUAUGGAUGGAACGAGGAAGAGAAGUUCAUUAUCCCUGGAAAGGUGAAGGAUUUCUACGCCGAUCUACCUCAACGAGGUGAGAAGCUUGUUCAGGAAUGGAAACACCUUGUUACGGCCUAUAGCAAGGAACAUCCUGAGCUUGCGAAAACUUUGAAAGAUCGAAUGGCCGGAAAGCUGCCAGACAACUGGGAGUCAUUGAUUCCGACGAGCUAUCCUAGUGAUCCGACACCUUCGAGAAAAUCCAAUAAUCUCACAGUUGCCAGAUUACUAGCAGAAAUUCCUACAUUCAUGGUCGGUACUGCAGAUUUGACACCAUCCGUCAACUUGACAUACAAGGAUUAUGAGAUUUUCAAUCCACCAUCCCUAAAACCUAUGUCAGGGAAACAGGGAUCUUACAAAGGACGCUACAUCCAUUACGGUAUUCGUGAGCAUGUAAUGGCUGCUAUCGCCAAUGGACUUGCUGCGUUUUCCCCUGGAACGAUCAUUCCCAUUACUUCGUCAUUUUUCAUGUUUUAUCUCUACGCUGCGCCUGCAGUGCGGAUGGGUGCUCUUCAGAAAUUGAAGGUUAUACACAUUGCCACGCACGAUUCCAUUGGCGCUGGAGAAGAUGGACCCACCCAUCAACCCGUUGAAUUAGCGGCGUUGUAUCGCGCAAUGCCAAAUAUGGAAUAUAUCCGUCCAGGUGACAGCGAGGAAGUUGCUGGCGCAUGGAAGGCUGCUAUCGAAUACCAAGGCGGACCGUCCAUGAUUAGCGUAUCACGACACGCAAUUCCUCAGCUCCAAGGCUUGACCAAGCGUUCUGGAGUGUUGAAAGGAGCAUAUGUUCUGCAGGAGGAGAAGGAUGCCGACGUUACUCUCAUUUCCGUCGGUGCGGAACUCAGCUUUGCGGUAAAAGUGAAAGACGAGCUUGAGAAACAUUCUAUCAUGGCCCGAAUUGUCUCGUUUCCGUCACACAGGCUGUUCCGUGAGCAAUCACUUGAAUACCAAAGAAGGGUGUUGAGAAGAAACGAGGGUGUCCCAGCUAUUGUCAUCGAACCAUAUAUGAGUCUAGGAUGGGAAAGAUACGCAGAUGCUGGCAUCAAUAUGAAGGGGUAUGGUCACUCUUUGCCUGGAAAGUACAUUUAUGAUCAUUUUGGCUUUGAAAUUACCAAAAUGGCAACUAGAGUUAGAACGUUUUUGGGCGAUUGGAAGGAUGGGAACGUUGGUCGAGGCGAGUUUGUUGAGUUGUGA